CACGACGAUUCUGGUCUGGAGCGGAGGUGUGUGUCGAUUUUUUGCUGAUAUUUUUCCAGGUGUUUUGCAGAGUGGGCGACCACUUAUCUUCAUGAAAAGAGCAUCGUAUUGAGGGGAUGACAUCUGGCUGACCGCCGCCAUGUUUUCCGUUCGGAUCGUAACGGUCAAUCACUACCAGGCCCAGCCAAUCAGAGACCUGGAUGUGGCCUACUCGGACUUCCGGGGGUCGGAGGUCAAGCAGGUGCCGGUUCUGCGCGUAUUUGGAGCCACGCCCCUCGGUCAGAAGACAUGCCUACACAUCCACGGCGUCUUCCCGUACUUCUACGUGAAAUGCGGCCCGCAGGAGUUCGCAACCGACAAGGACCUGCGGCAAUUUGCCACCAGCCUAGACCUGGCCCUGCAGGUUGCUAUGGGGAAGGCGUCUGGUAACACGCAGCACGUCUUUAAAGUUGUCGGCGUGCAGGCAGUGCCAAUGUAUGGCUACCACAGCAGAUCACGUCGCUUUCUCAAGGUCUAUUUCUAUAAUCCGCUCAUGGUGAAAAGAGCCGUUGAGCUGCUACAGAGCGGAGCCGUCAUGAACAAAGUAUUUCAACCUCACGAGGCCCACAUUCCAUUCAUCCUACAGUUUUUUAUCGACUACAACCUGUAUGGCAUGAACUUGAUUCACCUUGCGGCUGUCAAGUUCCGUAGAGAAAAAAACGAGAAUGAUGAUCGAGAUACGCCCGGAUCUCACAGUGAGACUAGUUCAACGGACACACAGCCCGUUAACCUGAGCUCAGUACUGAGUGCUAGCACUAUCAGCUCACAGAGAUGGGGUAAAGAAAACAUUCCAAGUGGCUUACUAUUAGACGCUGAAAUUCAGAAGCAGAGUGUAUGUGAACUGGAAGUUGAUGCUGUGGCAAUCGACAUUCUGAACCGUCAUGAACUACAAGGAAAUACUGAAAUGAACCCUGGCCUUCUUGCUAUCUACAAUGAGGAGAAGGAGAGGAGAGAGGUCAAGGGUCAACUGGAUGAUCUCCACCCCCCAGCGUCUCCAGAUCGAGGAGUUAUAGAAGAUACAGACAGCGAGGUGCAUGGCAAAGCAAGACUGGCCGAUAUUAUACAGAAACAACUCGAUGAAUUGAGGGUGUUGGCCGGAGAUGCUGGAGAUGAUGACAAUGAAAGCCUUCUUCAUGACACGUUGGCUGAGCCGUCGUUGACUGCCAGCCAGCUCAUUGUCCACGACUCCCAGUAUGCAGGCGAUGAAGACUCGAUUUCAAACCCGGAGGAGGAAUCUCAGCCUGUGGUCAAUGAAGAGCUGGUCCAGUCGCUGGUGGAGGCUUCUCAGCGCAGCAGCCAGUACUCCCAACAAGCAGGUGGGGAUGAUGAAGAUUUAGCCCAGUUGCUGGUGGACCUGGCUCAGGACGGUGGUCCGUCCCCAGAAGACGGCAGCAUCCUGUCCAGCCAGGACACGCAGGAUGAGCAGAGACAGGAGGAGCAGAACAAGGAUGAGGACGAGGAUGCCAGAGAGUCCUUAGAGAUGUCCCAAGCUUGGGAUGAUGGUUCUGAUGGGGAGGAUACUGUGGAAGAAAGCACAACUCAUGACAUAUCAGCCAGUGAGGAAGACACACAGGACAGCCAAGCUGUCACUAUUCCUCAAUUUGACGGGGGCUCCGAUGAAAAACAAGAACCAGCAAAGAAGAAAAGUCUUGGCAUUAAAAGGCAACUUCCCAAGGUCGCUCCCAACUUGCAUCAAGAUGCUCUGGGAAGCCAUGCCGCAACGUUCAGUCCCUUUCCGCCCCAGAUCAAAACCUACUCCCACAAAAAGCAGCUUCUGUCCAGUCCAGGAAAGGCUUGGGUCAAUACAGGUCUGGCAUCCUCUGACACACGGGAAAUGCAAAAAUCUGUCUUUCAGCGUGCUAGAAAACUUGCCCAGAAACCAGGCAUCCGGAAGAAAACCGGAACACCACCUGGGGUUGUGAAUCUCCACAAGGUCCCAAAGAAACCAGUGGAAGUCAGACCUGCUGCUGCAUCGAAAUCCAAACGGAGAAGAAUCUUAUCAGGAGCUUCUUUGAAAACGCAGUGGCUGCAGGAACUUGCUCGGGAUAAACUGUUGUCCAAAGAUCCUGGAGCUAUCCGGAGCCAAUCUUCUUCUGAAUGGAAGGUGGUAGAAAAAGUCACCCAAGGGAGGAGUUCGGCAAACCACAUCCCUCCAGGAAAUGUUCAGGUGGAAGCUUCUUUGGUGAGGGAUCCCGCUUCUGACACUAAUACUGCUCCACAACAUCAAGCAGGCUCAUCCAAACUACACCUUGUAAAAGUGCCUUACACAGCAGGCCAAACCCAUUUCAAAGGAUGUGAGGAGCUUAAAGGAUAUUCUAGUGUCGGUGAUGUGAAGAAGGACCCUAUGUGGAACCCUGUUGUUAUGCUCAUGAAGUGCCCAAUCGAAACUGACUCCAAGGGAAGAAUCACCUGUUCUGGAACCAGCUUACCGCAACAGCAAUUAGAACAGAUCCGGAAGGAAAAUCUAAAAGCUAUGCCAUUCCGUCGCAGCAGCUUCUCAAGGAAGAUUGUACCCCCAAAAAAGUUUAUGGACGAGCAGUACUGGAUGGACCAGAUAGAGAAAGCAUCCAAACAGAAGACUUUAGAACAACUUGGCAGCUCUCCUCAAAAGUUAAACACUGGUUCGACACCCAAAAUAAAGCGCAGACGCCCUCAUAAACAAAUCGAGGAGACAGCAGAGAAGGAUAGGGUUCAAGUGACAGUCCCAGACAAAUCAGAGGUGCAGAGGGAAGAUGCGUCAGAAAUUGCCAAAGAACCACCGUGCUUGAUGUCACCAGCUCAACUUGCAAGCGUUAAGGACAAUCUUCCAAUGCCAGUCUUGGAGAAGAUAGCAGCCGUAGGCAAUGGAAUUCCUGCUCAGCAGACAUGUCCUGAAAAGCAGACAGUCGUCACAAAGACAAAGGCCAUGCUUCAAGAGAAGUACUACAAGAGUUUAAACUCCUCUGACAAACACAGAAAAUUGAGUAGGAAAGGCUCACACGGCAAACUUUUCUCAGAGAGAGAUGCCAAGAGGUAUGGGAUGCUCUCAAGAACUUUUAACAAACUCAGUUUGACUCCUCAAGAACCUUGUGGAGAGCCAUCAUGUAUAACAAACUCAGAAGCUGCACAAAGCACAGCUGUGGAUCCUGGAAUCUCCAAAUCUGAGACUUCCAGCCCUGUCACUUCAGUAAUUCCAACAAGUAGUAGUAUCAGUAAUUUUGCAAUGACGACCACGCCAUCUAGUCAUUUGUUGGGGGUAGGUUUAUCUCCAGGCCAAAGUAGCAGUUUCACGGCACUCUUUGAACCGUUGGAAACUACCAAGCAGAUUAAGAAGAGCAGUCCAGGUUCUAGGAAACGCCGAGGGAGUGACAGCAGUGAUGACUGGGCUGAGAGGCGGAAAAGUCACAAACGAAAAAGCAGUCAAGGCUCCAACAGUAACGAGGACCCGUGGAUGUUCGGCAGGACCUACGGCUUUCGUAAGAGGGAGAGAAUCAGCUACGAUGAAGGCGAUUUUCCCGACGUCGGGUUUGAGAUCAUGUGUUGGUCAGAUGAAGAGGACUCCGUAGAGCUUCUCCCACAGAGGUCUCAUAUGCACUCGGAGACAAGAACUACCGAGUUGCUGCCAGAGCCUCAGCCACAUCAACAGUCACAACCACUCUCAGAACCGCGUAGGUUUGAUAAAACAAUGAAAUCCAGCAGCUCUGUUCUCCUGGCCUGCAAUCAAACAGCAAAAGCAGUACAGGAGCAGCAACAGAGUCCCCCACGUAAAAGAGGACGCCCCUGUGGUAGCAAAAAAAAAUCCAAACUCCUCAGUAGUCCCUCAUCAAGACACAAGCAGCACUUGUCCUUCACCGUUGACUCAUUACCAUACAUAGGUUCAAAGCCGGAUAAAAGUCGAAUUGGAACAAUGCCAACUACAGCGAGCAAUGGCGAAAAUCAAAUUAAAACUCACAACACCAACUUGGAACCAACCAUGUAUACCAAUAAUGUAAAACACAGUUUAAGCCAGAUGGAACCAGUUUUCACCACUACUAGCAGUAGUACAACGCAAAGCACCAGCCGGAUGGAACCAGUUCCAACCACACCUAGCAAUGGCACAAAGCACACCAACUGGAUGGAACCAGCUUCAACCACCACUGGCAAUUGUGCAACGCACAACAACAGCUUGAUGGAACUUGCGCAAACCAGAUCAGCGAAGCCAAUCAUGAUUACCGCCACUAGCCACAGCUCAUUGGGUGGACCAUUGCCAUCCAUACCCACAGCUACCCAAGCCAAGGUGGUUCAGUCAGAUACCAGGCAAUCACCUGUGACCAAGGCAACUGAUAGCCAGUUGUCCACAAGUGUCUCCACAAAUGACCAACACCGGCCUCGCUCUAGACCUGAACCUGUCCCUACCACUGUGAAUGGGCAUCAUUCCAGCAUCCAUGAUGACGACAGUGAGCCCACUCUCUACAGGGACGCCAUGUGGAACCUGGGUUACUUUUCUCCCCACAGAAAUGAAAGAGAGGGCUCACCGCCCAGGUGCUGGUCACCAAGUAUCGACAGGGAUAGCUCAAGGAGGGCACAACAUGCUUCUGAAGGCAUUGUUGAGAUAACCCCUAAGCAUAAACCCUCCAAGGUACAGAAGCCUUGGGAAAGAAUGAAACUGAUCGAUCAAAAGAAAGAGUCUAAGAAGAAAGCCGCAGAUACCAACAGGGGGAAGUCGCAGAGUGGUACUGCUGGCUUGAAGGGGAAGAAUCAAACAGAUUACACGCAGCUGAAUACCUCCAACUCCAGGACCUCCAACAGUAGAAGCAGGAGUCCAGAGUCUAAACAUUUGUGCAAUACUGACAAUUUUGAUGAAGGUGAACCGGUGAGAAGUGAAACUUUUGAGGACAAGCAAGAAAACAAGAUGGAAGUUGACCAAACUAAGGCAGAUGUCACAAGUGAAGAACAGAAAGAAAGUACACACACAGACGGCCACAGAGGCGUGGAAGCUUCCCGUCAGGAAGAAGCAAGGAAUGGCUUUACCUCCUGUGGGAACUCGCAUCCUGAUGACUUGGCCAACGAAAACAAUUACAAAACUGAAACUGGCAAUAACGAAAUCCCAAUCCUGAGCUCAGAAAGAGCCGACAAAACAUCUAACCCUACUUCAUCUCAAACCAAGCCAGGUGACUCUCCAGAGUUGAACAACACUCUAAACUCCUGUACAACUCUCAAGGAAGCUGAUGUCGAUGUUGGAGGUACUCAUGAGGAGAGAAAGGAAGUUGCAUUGGGUAGUGUACAAAGUAGCAGAGUGGCCUUUUCUGAGAAAACCGAACAGUCUAGCCCUGUACAACUCUCACUUGAUUCUAAUGAUACAACUAAUGUCUUGGCAUCAGUCGUUGGGGUUAAAAAUCUGGAAAAGAAUCAAUCGGUGGACGUGUUGACAAAUCUGACUGCAACUCAGAAUGGGGUAACUGCUGUCACUGAAAAUGCAUCUCCUGAUGAUAGUGCAUUAAUGUUUGCGGAGGACAGUGAAGCAUCAACCCCAAGCCCAGACACAAAGAAAGCGGCAUCAUUACAUCCAUCUCAUCCAGAAGUUGCCAAAAUGUCACAGAGUGCUGGUCAUUCAGAUGGUUAUAUGACCUGCGUUCACGGCCAAGCCCAGAUGCCUCAGAGAAAGAGUCUGGAUGACUGUGCUAAUUCCUCUGCGAUGUCUGAUAUUCAGACCUCCGACUUGGAUUCAAGUUCCUCUGCCACAGGGUCUGAACUUCUUUCCAAGCCGAGUUCUGGUACCGAAGCGGAACACAGACCCCUGUCACCGGAUGUGAAGGCCUUGGGUGAUGGAGGCACUCCAAAUGCCAGGAGUCUCAGUUCGUCCUCUGAUGACAUCACACCAGCACAGAGGUUGCGCAGAUCUCCCAGCCAAGAAGUGGAAGAAGAGGAUAGCGAUAACAUCUGUAACAUGUCCCACGGCUCCAGCAGCACAGGUGCAUCAUUGUCACUAGACAUGUCUCUGAUCAUCAGCCGUGUACCUUCCAUUUCCCCAACCAGAGAAUUACUAGAGUCAGAGAGAAGCUCCUUGCAACAGGACCCACCUGGAUCCCCGGAAGCUGUUCAAGAGAAGAUCACCAAAGAUUAUCAAAAGACAGAACAGAAGGCAAGUUCUGUGUCCGAGACAGCAGAUCAUUGGAGCCAAUUUGGGGAAUCAUCGGGUGCUCUUGAUUUGUCUCAAGACACAUGGAGUACACAAGAUGCAGUCUUGAAAGAAACAGGAUCAGAUCAUCAAAGGAGUCGACAUCCAUCUGAUCAUGUCCUAAUGGAUGAUGGAAGUCUGACACCCACUUUGAUUUCGGGUAAACAAACAGAUUCUUCUGGUCUCAGUGCAUGCAGCUUUAGUGAAAUCAGAAUCACAUGUGCAAGGACACUUAAGAAUGGCUCAGUUGCUGUUGGGGAAGACCAGACUAAAAGGCAUCUCCUAUCGGGCAGCAACAGUGAUGAUUCUGAUACGUUUUCACAGCUUGUCUGUCCGGAAACUCCUUCACCAAGAGCCUCACUUGAUCCUCACAGGUCCUCCCAGAAAAAGCCCUGUUCACAGUCAGAUACCCCAUCCUCUGGCAGACCGAUACCAGUCACAAAUGAAAGCAAGACACAGAGAUAUCUAUCAUCUCCGGCCGUUGAAAAGUUAACAGUGAGCAGCACAGGUGAUGCCUGCGAAGAGCCCUUGAACCUUUCGUCCCCAACAAAGAAGGAAUCAGCACUCAAGUUGAAUUCGCCCAGUUCUCCAAGAAUUGUUGAAGAGGCUGACUCAGAUGAAGAGGUGGAGGCAAUGGAGAUUGACUUGUCUCAAGAGGAGAGUGGAAGCCUAAACCUGUCUACGCGACACUCUCCAUCAUACCAGGUAAGGGAGUCACAUGAGCAGUCCCAACAUCCAGAAGAUAUUAGGCAUCUCCACAGAGACAGAGAAGCUACAGAUAGGACCUCUACCGCGACUAAGUCUGAAUGGUCCUCAUCACUUAGUGGUGAAGAUCCCACUGUUUACUCUGGUCAUCAUUUUCAGCCGCCUGCACACUCGGACAGCACUGUAACAAAGAAGACUGCCAUCAAUCAAACUUCUCAGCCAGGUCGCAACGACGAAAGUCUAACUUCACCACCAAGUACGGACCAGACACAAACAUCUGCCUUGCACCAAGAUUCCCUGUUGUCUACAAGGGAAAUACCAGUAUCCUCGGCAUUCUCUGCUCACCCUAGUCAGCAAACAGACAGAGGCCAUCAGCACAAGAAUAACACCCAUCCAGUAGAAGAUGAUGUAGAGGAUAAGGCUGUCCAAAACCAGGCUCAUGACAGCUCACAAAGUACUCCAGUCUACCCAGGACCUCCACUAGCAUCCUCUCUAGAAAGCGAUAACCAAAACACUAAUCAGACGCAAAACACACAUCAGACUACCUCCAGAGCAGAAGAAAUGCCAAACCUGACGUCGUUUACGGAGGCAAAGAGCACAAUUUGGACACCUUCACAUUGUCCCCCAAGUGCUGAGAUGGUGCGGGCAUCUCUGCAAGAGUAUGGCCUGCCUCAGUUCCACCACCAGAGGGCAUUUUGCGGGAAUCCAGAUGACGCACACCAUCCAAGUAAACCUGGUGUGCACAAUGAUGGUCAUCUACAGAGCAACCUCCCAUCCCGCCUCCCCGAGGCAGAGAGUAGACUCUCCCAGACUGGCCUCGGCCAAUGGCAGGCCAACCUGAUGGCCCUGCAGCCACACCCCUUGCUGUCGGCUAGCAAUGUGGCCCCCGAACCUGGAUUAAAAGCUGCAUUGCUCGGGGAAGCUGAUGCUGUGAUCACGCCUUGUAGAUCUCCGCCGAGCUGUGCGUUGGUUCGGACUUGGUUGGAGGAUAAAAACGACAAGCGCCCUGAAGAUGCGAAAUAUGGUGACAAAGAAACCAAUGGCACACAGCUAGCUGAAAAGCCAGUCAAGGAAAAGGUAACUCGUUUUGAUCCUGCCAAUAAGACCUCCAGCUCUAAAGGCCCCAGUCAAGGCUUCCCUGAAGAAGUCUCACAAUCAAAUCAGGAUAGGAGGCAAAGUGCAGCGUCUGCGACACAGGCUUGCCAACAAUUGCAAGACGAACCAUCCACCUCUAAGAUACAAACACCAAAGGGAUAUUUACCCCACUGGCAAAAGAACAGCACACCUUCAACCAAACCCGACUCUACCCCACAAGGAGGCUCCCCGUUUUCCAGCCCCACCCCUUGGAAAAAGAACAGCAUUCAGCCCCGAUUGAGCACGCCGGGGACUAACCCAUUAUCCAGGAGGGGGAGCAGCCAGCCUCAGCACAGUACCCCUCUGAGAGUCGACCCAGGGACAGUGGAAGCCAGUUUGCCACUCACCCCCAUCAGUGGAUGGAAGCGACCCUUGGAUCCAUCCUCAGCAGGUGGAUCCAGAGAAAGGCAUCCUUCCUCAUCCAGCAUGAGACAGACGUUGCUCUUCACUCCAAAAGAGAGCUCUGGAGUCGGCGGGCCAGGCCGGGAGAUGUCUCAAAUAGAAGGAGCCACGCCCAGCAACACGUGCGGCUUCAAGAUGCCACAGCUGAACAUGCAGGAUGCCAAGACGAUGCAUGAGGUGCAGCAUCUGACUGUCCUGAGCUUGGAGCUUCACGUUAAGACCCGACGUGACUAUUGCCCAGACCCUGACUUUGAUCCCAUCCGAGCUUUGUUCUAUAGUAUCCAGCAUGACAAGCCAGUGCAAGACAGUGCAGGGUGCAGCCAGCAAGAUGAUGGUUUCAUCCAUGGCGUCGUCAUCGUUGACGACAGUAACCAUGGCAACGGAGGCGGCGCAUCCACCUCAUCCAGUGCUCAGGCCUCCCUGGCCCACGCUGGCAUCAGCAACGUCUUCAUCAAAUGGGUUGCCACGGAAACGGACCUGCUGGAUGAACUCUUGGCCAUCAUCAGGAAGCACGAUCCAGACAUCUUGGUGGGCUAUGAAGUCCAGCAGCUUUCCUGGGGCUAUCUGCUGCAACGAGCUGCCUUCCUGGACAUGGACCUGUGCACCCAGAUCUCAAGAUUACCUGACUUCAAGAAGGAGAGUAGUUUCUCGGCGGAGCGGGAUGCGUACGGAGCGGACCACCAAUCGGAAAUCAACAUCGCAGGCCGCAUCACUCUGAACCUGUGGCGGCUCAUGAGACACGAGGUGGCCCUGACUAACUACACGUUUGAGAACGUUGCGUUCCACGUCCUGCAUCAACGUGUGCCUCUCUUCACCUUCCGUAAACUGACCGACUGGUUCGACCACCGAAAUGCGCAACUAUUCAGAUGGCGAGUGAUAGAGUACUACUCAGUCAGGGUCCGUGGAUCUCUCAAACUUCUCCAUCAGUUGGAUUUGAUCGGCCGGACCAGCGAGUUAGCCAGGGUCUUUGGCAUUCAGUUCUACUCGGUGCUCUCCAGGGGAUCACAGUUUCGCGUUGAGUCCAUGAUGUUGAGGACAGCGAAACCACAGAACUACGUUGCCAUGUCACCCAGCGUGCAACAACGCUCAAGAAUGAAGGCACCGGAGUGCAUCCCGUUGGUCAUGGAGCCUGAGUCUCGUUUCUAUCAGGAUCCUGUCAUCGUGCUGGAUUUCCAGUCUCUCUAUCCUACCAUGAUGAUUGCUUAUAACUACUGCUACUCUACGUGCCUCGGACGCUUAGAACACAUUGCCAAUGGUGGGGAGUAUGCCCUGGGAUGUGGCUCUCUGUCUGUCUCCGUGUCCCAACUCAAGAAACUCUACCAGUCUGACAGCCUCCACGUCUCCCCCAACGGCAUCGUGUUUGUCAAGCCCAGUGUCCGCCGUGGUGUCCUACCAAUGAUGUUGGAGCAAAUUCUCAAACUCCGUCUCAUCGUCAAGAAGUCUCUCAAGGACUUUAAGGAUGACAAGACGCUACAUCGCAUGUUGAACAGCCGACAGCUGGCUCUUAAGUUGAUAGCCAACGUCACCUACGGCUACACAUCGGCAAACUUCUCUGGGCGAAUGCCAUGCAUCGAGGUUGGUGACAGCGUGGUGAGAAAGGGACGUGAGACACUGGAGAGAGCCAUUCAUAUGGUGGAAAGCACUAAGAAGUGGGGAGCCAGAGUGGUUUAUGGGGACACGGAUAGCAUGUUUGUGUUGGUUGAAGGAGCGAGCAAGGAGCGUGCCUUUGAGGUCGGGAGGGAGAUCCGAGAUGCUGUCACGGCUGCCAAUCCCAAACCGGUCAAACUCAAACUGGAAAAGGUUUAUCAUCCGUGUGUCUUGCAAUCCAAGAAGCGUUACGUUGGCUACAGCUACGAAUCGCCUGACCAGGUUGAGCCCGAGUUUGAUGCUAAGGGGAUUGAGACAGUACGCAGAGAUUCCUGUCCUGCGGUUGGCAAGAUUCUUGAGAGAGCCCUGAAGAUCCUCUUCACCACGCGGGACGUGUCCCAGAUCAAGCAGUACGUCCAGAAACAAUUCCAGAAGAUUCUGGACGGCCAGGCCACCAUGCAGGACCUGGUCUUCGCCAAGGAGUAUCGCGGCAAGCAUACGUACCGGCCGGGAGCCUGCGUACCGGCACUGGAAAUCAGCAGACGGCUUCUUGCAGUCGAUCGCCGUGCCGAGCCUCGCGUUGGUCAGCGCGUACCCUACGUCAUCGUACACGGUAGCCCGGGGUUACCCCUCAUACAGCUAGUACGUACCCCUGGUCAAGUUCUACAGGAUCCUAGCCUGCGACUGAACACCACCUAUUACCUGACCCGUCAACUGGUACCCACCCUGAACCGAGUCUUUGGCCUAUUGGGCGUGGACACCAUGCAGUGGUACCAGGAACUCCCUAGGUGGCAUAGGGUUAAUACACUCCACCAGCUUGGGACACCAGGGAAAAAGGGAACUAUCUCGCAGUACUUCGUCAGUCUUAACUGCGUCAUCUGCGAGAAGGUUACCAAGGAGAGCCUGUGUAGUGACUGUAAGGCCAAGGGUCAAGUCACGGCUACUGCCCUCUUGAGCCGAGUCCAGCAGUGGCAGUCAAUCCAGCAAGACAUGGCCAAGAUUUGCGCUAGCUGCUGCAACUUCAAGGAACAAGACACAUCUAGCUGUGUGUCUUUAGACUGUCCAAUCAUGUUCAAGACCAACAAGCUAGCCAGACAACUGGGCCAGGCACCCUACUACCUGCAGCUUCUAGAUGGCCUGUGAGGAUUGGUCAAUUGUGUGGAGAUUUGCCUUGUUUUGGACUUAAUGUCCAAUCAGGGGCGUGCUAUAAUUGCAGGCACCACACUACCUGCAGCUUCUAGAUGGCCUGUGAGGAUUGGUCAAUUGUGUGAAGAUUUGGUUUUGUCUGAACUUACUGUCCAAUCAGGUGCGUGCUACAAGCACUGCUAACUACCUUGGUCUUAUGAAAGGUCAGUGAGGAUUGGUCUGUUGGUUGACCAUAACAAGUAGUGGUGUGAUAUCGUUAUCCAAUCAGGUACAUUCUUAUAUUUAUUGGAUCAUACCUCACUGAAUCACCUGCAGUGUUUUAAAAUGAUUGCAAGAAACAGUUCAUAAUUUUGACAAAAGUACUAAAUGUUUUGAUCUUUUUUAUUUUUUUGGCCAAUCAUUGUCAGCGUUACUGAAAUAUCAGGGACAAUUAUCUUACACGCCACAUUGUCUCAAAGACUCCUUGGGAUUGGCCAGGUGUACAAACUAUUGUUGUACAGGGUUGUAUUUUAGCCAAUCAGAAUUGUGCUACUGAAAUUGUUAGCAUGAAUCAGACAAUGCACAACUCAAAAAAAUCAACUGUAAUAAUUAACUGAUCUUAGGACAAUUUUGAAAAAUUGCCACUUAUAUAUUCCGGAACUA